ACAAAUGUUUCAUGGAUUUUUUCCCCCAAAACUAUUACCAAUCUUUAUGAUUAUCCUCUCAUUUCUUUAAAUUCAUCACCAUCUUCCGGUCGUCUUUGUACUCCCCCACUCUUUCACAUUCAAUUCCCCAAUUUCCCACAAUAAAUACCCCAAUUUCUCAAUCAUUGACAACAUAAAGAACCGAUUUUUAUCUUACGUUGUCCCAAGAUCUGCUCCAAGCUUCGUGGGUUUUGCUCCAAUUGCUGUUUGAUGUUAUCCCUCUUGUGGGUUUUGCAGAAUUUUGUGUUUCUUGGUGGGUUUGAGUAUGACGACUGGGAGUAGUUUCGGGUCCGGGUCGUUGGGGUGUAAACAAGAAACGGGUGUACCGGAUCAGUUUCCAGCUGGGUUGAGGGUUCUUGUUGUUGAUGAUGAUGUUAUUUGUUUGAAGAUUCUGGAGCAAAUGCUUAGGAGAUGUUCUUAUCAUGUUACAACUUGUUCCCAGGCAACUGCUGCUUUAAAUCUACUAAGAGAGAGAAAAGGCUGUUUCGAUGUUGUACUAAGUGACGUGCAUAUGCCCGACAUGGAUGGCUUUAAACUCCUCGAACUCGUUGGUUUGGAAAUGGAUCUUCCUGUUAUAAUGAUGUCAGCAGACGGAAGAACAAAUCUCGUCUUACGAGGAAUCCGACACGGGGCUUGUGAUUACUUAAUUAAGCCAAUACGUGAAGAACAAUUAAAGAAUAUAUGGCAGCAUGUUAUAAGAAAAAAAUGGAACGAAAAUAAAGAACAUGAACAUUCCGGAAGUGUGGAUGACAAGGACCGCCAUAAACGAGGCGGCGAUGAUAACGAUUAUGCUUCUUCGGUUAAUGAAGGAGGUGACGGGAUUUUAACAUCUCAUAAAAAGAAGAGACAUAAUAAUAAAGAAGAAGAUGACGGUGAACUUGAAACCGAUGAACCAGGUGGAUCAAAAAAGGCGCGUGUCGUGUGGUCUGUGGAGCUGCAUCAGCAGUUUGUUACUGCCGUGAAUCAACUUGGAAUCGAUAAGGCGGUGCCAAAGCGAAUUCUCGAAUUAAUGAAUGUUCCAGGUUUGACCCGAGAAAACGUUGCAAGUCAUUUACAGAAAUUCAGAUUAUACUUGAAGAGAUUAAGUGGAGUGGCACAACAAGGAGGGGGUCCGAAUUCAUUUUGCGGGUCAAUAGAUCAAAAUCCGAAACUAGCUUCAUACGCCAGAUUCGAGAUUCAAGCAUUGGCGGCUUCCGGCCAAAUUCCACCUCAAACACUAGUGGCGCUUCACGCGGAGCUUUUAGGGCAGCCAACCGCCAAUGUCGGGAUGCCAGUACUUGACCAUCAACCGCUAAUGCAACCCUCGAAAUGCGGGCCAGUGGAUCAUGUCAUGUCAUACGGUCAAACUCUCCCGUCAAAUGUUACAAAACAAGUUCCGCAACCGGCCAUUGAGGAUGUUCAUUCGGGAUUAGGAGCGUGGCAUUCUAACAACAUGGUUGGCGGUUACGGUCAGUUGGGUGGUCAAAAUUGGCAUAACAUGUUAUUGGGUAUGUUACAAAGUCAAAGUCAUCAGCUACAGAAACAAUCGAUUACUGUUCAGCCCUCUCGUCUUGUGGUCCCGUCUCAAUCCUCGAACUUUCAAGCGGUAAACAAUGGUGUUCCGGUUAAUCAGACAACCGGCUUUAAUAAUAGUACAGUCAUUAACUAUGCUGUUGGUCAAAGAACCGAAAGAGAUGUUGAGAACCAGAUUGGUGGGCAAAGUUCCGUUUCUAAUAUUUCCGUUAAAGAAAUGGGCGAGAAGCAGAUUUCAUUUGGUGAGUCGGUACAUGUGCUCGAUCAAGGAUCUUUAAGGAAUCUGGGGUUUGUUGGUAAGAAAAGUUCGAUUCCGAGUCGGUUUGCUGUGUAUGAAGCGGCGGAAUCACUGACACACAACUUGAAUUACGGGGAUAAUAACGGUGAGCGGAGAGUAAAACAGGAGCCGAAUAUUGAAUUUUUAGAGAAUUCGAAAGCAGGAGCGCAUCGCGUCUCUCAAAACGAUCUCAUGAGUGUCUUUUCUGAUUAGAAACAGGUUCGUUGAAGCAAAAAAGAAGGGUGAAAUGUGGUUACGAUCUGUUUUUAGGUAGGAUUAUUAUUAUUAUUUAAUAAAAUUCUAUCAACGGUUAGGAGUUGUUGAGGCUCAUUCAUUAGCAGCUAAUAGAAAUAUUUAGUGAUGAUUAUUAUUAACUUACGAUAAUCUCUUAUGGUUACUUGAUGUUAUUUAUUUUCACUUGGUUGAAAAUAUGAACCACUAUCAUUCCAUUGAUG